AAAGGAUGUGGCAGUUACGGACUAAUUUGCUUCUCAUUACGCUUCUUAGCGUAGGAUUGACACUGUCAAAUGCCCAGCAAGCGCCCUCUACCAGUCCGAGCAUCGUAUUUAUCAGUCCGGAGCAAAUCAAAGACAUUGGCGAACAAGUGACGCUCAAUUGUUCGAUCGCAAACGUGAAGAACUACAUCGUCGGCUGGCAGAAGAGCAAUCGCGAUCGGACGAAGGAAAGCAACAUAAUCUCGCUCGGGGUGCAGUUGGCUGUGACGGAAGAUCGGUUCCAUUUGAACUUUACCAAGGAAAACAAUGCCGCUAACUACGUGCUGGAGAUUCAUGACAUCGUCAACACGGAUGCCGGUUUGUACGAGUGUCAGAUUCAGGUGAACAGUACGAGCAAAAUCACCAAAACGGUCGAGCUGCAGGUCCGGCAUCCACCGAUGCUUCUCGAGAACCAGCACACGAACACGCUCACCAAGGCGGAAGGUGAAGAUGCACAGCUUGUGUGCCGAGCUGAAGGUUAUCCGCGGCCAACCAUUACCUGGCGCCGUGAGUACAAUGCCAUUCUACCCAUCGGUGGUCAAACAUUUGCCGGCAAUGAGCUACGGCUGAACGGGCUUCGUCGGGAGGAUCGUGGUACCUACUACUGUACGGCCGAUAAUGGUGUAGGACGGACGGAUACGAAAACGAUCACACUCGAGGUAGAAUUUGCACCAGUGAUUCGUGUACCACGGCCCAAAGUAGCCCAGGCCAUUGAUUAUGACAUUGACGUAGAGUGUGUGGUACAGGCGUUCCCGGCGCCCGCCAUCUCCUGGUACCGAGAUGGGAAACAGAUUCACAACGGUGGUUCUUACAGCAUCUCCCAGAUCGGUUCACCGGACGAUGUUACGACGUCUGUGGUAAAGAUUCAUUCGGUUGCCUCCGAACAUUACGGUGACUACGUGUGCAAGGCGUCCAAUAAGGUUGGACAAGCCGAGGCCCGGUUGAAUCUUUUCGAACAAAACGUUCCCAACAUUAACUAUUCUGGUUUAAAAUGGGCCAACGGAGGCACCACAACACGGAACGUUGUGCUCGGACACAUGCUGAUCGUUGUAACAACAUUGCUGCUCGCAACGCUCUUGUGAAUGGGUCGCUGGAAAACGGAUGGCUCACGGGGUAACGCUUGGCGCCAUGCGUGUUUCCUUGGCUCUCUGGCAAGAACUGGACGAUGAUUAAAUUUCG